AUGGCGGAGACGGAAGCGGACGGGGACACGAAGGAUGUGAAGCCGGUUGAAUACCGGGUUCUGCAAGGGCCGCUUUUCAAAAAGCCGGGCAGAGACCCGACCUCACAGAAGGUCAUCAAGUUGAACAGGAAGGUGGGAACGAAGGUUCAGAGCACGGGCCGGACAUGGCAGGGCCCUGCUGGCGGCCUUUGGCUCGAGUUGGUCGGCGACAAGCCGGGAUGGCUGCUGGUGGAAGGACCUGGUUUUAACCAGCCAGGGCCACUUUUGGAGGAGGUGCGAUCGGGCGAUGAGGAGCCAGUGGUGCUCUAUGCUCUGUCGCCGAUUGACGAUAGCAAGUUUUGCGAUAUCUGCCUCAGGCCUUCACAGACGGUGAAGCAGGCCAAACACUGGCUGGCACUUCGUUUGCCUGGCUUGAAGGUGGAGAGCAUCAUCGUGGCAAAGGAGAAGCCAAGCGAGAAGACUCAUGGCCAGGGCUUGCGGAACUUCCCAGCGAACUGGAUCUUGGAAGACGAGGUCCGCAUACGUGAUACUCCCUUCAAGGACGGCGACGAGCUGGUCUUCUUCUACAUGGGUGACGCCGCGCAGGAUGUCGCCGAAGCGCAAGCUCGAGUGGCACCCGAAGGGUAA